AUGGCAACUCCAGCAUUCUCAUUCACACCCUCGACAUUCCAAAAGCUUCACCCAGCGGAAUUCUUCCGCAGGUUCACGACUGAGGGCGUCCGCCCCGAUGGUCGACUCCUUGACGCCUUCCGCCCAACCACCGUCCACCACGGCGUCAUCUCCACCGCCAACGGCUCGGCUAUGGUCCGUAUUGGCGGGACUACCGUUGUUUGUGGCGUCAAGGCUGAAGUCGCGGAACCCAAACUUGAUGCCCCUGAUCAAGGAUAUCUUGUCCCCAAUGUCGAAUUGUCCCCAAUGUGCUCAAGCAAGUUCAGACCAGGACCUCCCAGUGAGCAGGCUCAAGCAGUGUCAGAGGCCAUCAACCGUGUUCUGAAGGAGAGCAAAGUCUUGGAUCUGAAGGAUCUUUGUAUCGAGGAAGGCAAGGCCGUCUGGGUAUUAUAUGUCGACGCCGUCUGUGUCGCCUAUGAUGGAAAUAUCUUUGAUGCCGCCCUCGCCGCCAUUAUGGCCGCUCUUAAAAAUGUCCGGAUUCGCAAACCAACAUAUCAGGAAGGAACAAUUAAAGUAUCAGGAGGCUCAACAGCAACCGACGAAAACUCGUUCAGGCUCAAUCUGGCACGGGCACCCCUCAGCGCGACCUUCGCCAUCUUUGACACCACCCUCACCAUCCUCGCCGACCCCAACGUCACAGAAGAGACCAUCAGCGACGGACAAAUCUCGAUUACUCUUGACGAGACUGGGCUGUUGUGCGGUGUCACCAAGAUUGGGGCUGCUUCUUGUUCGCAGAGCGUGAUGAAGGAUUGUGUACAGAGCGCCAAGAAGCGUACUUUGCAGCUUCGUGGUAUCAUGAACCAACAGUAA